AUGGCUGACUUCGCCGAUACUCCUGCCGUCAACGGCGGCCACGAUGUCAACACCCUCAAAGGCAUGUUUCAAGAUCUCCUCCAGAGACCACCAAUUCGCACGGCUACUCACAAAUCCCCCCUAGAUGCCCAAGCUGCCCUGGACCAGGUCGCCAACGGCCCCGUUGCCCAGAACGUCAAGGACCAGACUGCAAAGACCGGCGCCGAGUUCAACAACCUCGCUGCCUCCCGCCAGACGCCAGCCAACCCGGCCGCCACUGGACAGCCCCUUACUCACUACCACUCGUUCUUUACUGAGCUCUUGUCGUGGAAGAACCCUCGUGCUUCCGGCAUCGCCUAUGCUUCGGUCGUCACCUUGAUCUUCGCGGUUAGAUACCUCGACGUUCUCCGAUGGUCCCUGAAGCUCACCUAUCUUGCCCUGGGCGUGACUGUCGCCGCCGAGGUUCUCGGUAAGACCGUUCUGAACACCGGCCUGGCCACCCAGCUCCGCCCUCGCAAGUACUACACCAUCUCCAAGGAGACUCUGAACAGCAUGAUCGGUGACGUCCACGAGCUCAUCAACUUCUUCGUCAUCGAGGCGCAGCGCGUCUUGUUUGCUGAGAACGUCUAUGCCUCCGCUGCUGCUUGUGUCGCUGCCUUCCUCUCCUACUACCUGGUCAAGAUUGUCCCCUACUGGGGCCUUGCUCUGAUUGCCACGACCACGCUCUUCUUUGUCCCUCUGGUCUACACCAGCAACCAGGAGCUCAUCGACCACCACCUCCAGCAGGCCUCUGACAUUGUCAACUCCCAGACUGCUCAGCUCCGCGAGGUUGCCAGCAAGCACACCUCACACGCCACCGAGAUCACCAAGCAGUACAUGGGCGACUACACUGCCAAGGCUCAGUCUAUGCUCCGAGGCCACUCUGCUGCCUCGGACGUCACCCCCAAGCCGGCCAAGGAGUACACCCACACCGACUUCCCGACGGCCCCUAAGGAGGUCUAUCCCGAGGCUCCCAAGGAUGAGUUCAAGGUCGCCGAGCCUGCCGUCAAGGCCGAGGAGGAGCCCCUCAUCUAA